AUGUCUCAUUCUGGUUACUCCAUGGGUAACCACUUCGGGAACCCCAACGAUGGGGUGGACCCCUCCGACUUGACGAUGCAGCAGGGUGGCUUCAUGCCGUACUCCUUCGGCUCGCAGCAGAACAUGUCCUCGAGCUUCAACUUCGGCAACUCGGGGAUCGACACCGACGAACUACUGGAUCUGGAGAUCAGCAGCCAUAAUAACGGUGUGCAGCGCGGCGAUAAUAUGAAUUAUCUUCAGGAUCAGUCCGGUGGCAUCGCCAUGAGCCACCAAAGCCAGAUGUCCCAUCUGUACUCGAAUACCCCCGAUGGCGCUCCGAUGGCUAGUCCGUUUGUUCACAACAGUUUCAACUACGAGCAAUUCCGCAUGAACCAGCAAAACAGCCAUCUGCAGAAUGCCAGCUCUUUUGACCAGAAUUAUAUGAACGCCAAGUCUCGCCCGGGCCUGCAAACCAUGGACCGGACCUCGUCGGAUGCUCGGAGCCCCAUGACUCCGAAGACGCCUGCUCUAGGAUCCUUGAAUCUGGGUACUCCAGAGUCGGGCAGUUUUCCUGGACAGCCCAUCCGGACAGGCGGACUGCAGCACCGUCACCAGAAGACCUUGUCGAAUCAGUGGGAUGGGACUCCUGGCAGCGCUCAGUCCUACGUAGACUCUCCGAUCUCUUCCCCCAAUCAUCACUCACAACAGGUCGGGAUUUCGGAGAUCCUCAAAUCCGGCAAACAUGCCUCCCUGCCUGCUAAGGUCGAUACGCAUCUUCCUGGAAGUGCCCAGGAUCUGGAAACCCAAGAAGCCAAGCGUCGCCGACGACGUGCUUCCCACAAUCUCGUUGAGCGCCGCCGCCGUGACAAUAUUAAUGAGCGCAUUCAGGAUCUCUCCCAUCUGGUACCACAGCACCGACUGGAAGAUGAUAAAGUACGCAAGCAGCUCGUCAACAACACUGCUCUCUCGAUGGCUGGCGCCGGCCCUAACGCCGCCACUUCUUUGCUCGCUGGCGGCAAUGGGCGCCGAGCUACCCCGGGUAACAUCACCAUGGGUCUGCCAAUCGAGGAGAAGGAGAAAGGCCCCAAUAAGGGCGACAUCCUGAAUGGUGCUGUGAGCUGGAUGCGCGAUCUUAUGUGGGCUCUGCAUGUCAAGUAUCAACAAGAAGCGGAGCUUGCUGAAAUGAUCAGCAGCCUAGGCGGUAAUUGGCCUUUUGAGCCAACCGAAGAAGAGAAGCGCAUGCGCAGCGAAAUCCUCGAGGCCUUGGAGAAGAACGACCCUAGCUCUUUCUGCUACUCUCGGGGUCCCGGAAGUGGCCUUCGCGUACCGAAGCAUACCAACCUGGCUGGUGACCCCGUCCAAGGCGGAAGUGAUGGCCUGACACCGCCAAACUUGAGCCCGUCUUUCCACAGUAGUGCCAGCAGCGCCAAUGGUACCGGGCAGCCCCAAUAUUGGAACAGCGCUGGGCAUGCCGCGAUGAGCUUCAAGGAAGAGGACGAGUACGGCAUGGAGAUGAAUUAG